UGUCCGGUCCUCAGUGUGCUGGGUUCCCUGAGCUUCCUGAGUUCUCAGGGGCUGGCUGUAGGGCUGGGUUCCACCUCUUUCAUUCCUCCCCUCAGGACCCUGCCACUGUGUUUUUCUUCCCUGUCCUGGGCAGAUCGCACACUACACACACCUUUCUUUUCCCUGGAUCCACCAUCCUGGGCUGAGAAGCCAGGAGAGAGGGUGGCAAGGUUCGGAGGAAGCGCUGGGACGAUUGGUUUUUGAAUAGCGAUUCUUCACCAUGGAUAGAUUCUUCAUCAUCUUCAGGAGCCUGGUCCUGUUGCAGGUGCUCUGCCUGGCCUUAUCACAAGUGACCGGUCCACCCGGACCGCAGGGCCCCCCUGGUCCCCCUGGCCCCGCUGGAACUCCUGGUGCUGACGGCAUUGAUGGUGAAAAGGGUCCUCCUGGACCUCCUGGACCAGUGGGUCAAAAGGGAGAACCAGGCGAGCCUGGUCCUGAUGGAUCUCCAGGGGAGGAUGGCAUUGAUGGUUUGAUUGGGGCUAAGGGUGAGAGGGGCCCUCGUGGUAAUCCUGGAACAAAGGGUCAGCCAGGGCCAGGUGGACCACCAGGGCGACCUGGACCUGGACUGCUUGGACUUCCUGUAAGUAACCCAGUUUAUAAUCUAUCUUACUUCCUUAAUUUGCUUCCUUUGCCUUUUCUUCCUAUUUUACUUAUUUUAUUUAGGGCCCAAGCACUCAAGGUUGGUUAUAUAAGACCAAAUUAA